AUGCGUCGCACACAGCUCGCCAUCCCUCUCGAGAAGCGCCAAGCCUCCUCGUCUGCCUCGUCCGUGCAAUCUUCGUCUGCCGCCGCAUCCUCGAGCGCCUCGACGAGCGUCCCGUUCUAUUCGGCGCCCAACACGUUCACGCCGACUGCGACGGGUCAGACGGCGGCGCCUGGAUCCGUGAUCACAAUGACCAACUCGGCGGGCGCCGGCUCUUACACCGACACCUUCGUCUACACCGCCGCAGCAACAACCGUCCCUCCGACAGGAAACGUCACGAACCCUGCGGUUCCGGCAGCGAGCGGUGGCGCGGGAGGUGUGACGGAUUUGCAACCCAAUCCGACGAAUUUGCAGAUCGCCGCCGCUCCGCCUCGUCUCUCGACCGCAUCGCUCGCAACGACAAUCGGUAUCGCAGCCGCCAUCGCGCUCGCGACCACCGUUGGCGCAGGAAACGUCUUGGCCUGA